GUGAUCUGUUGAAGAGUAUUGCUUUCACCUGAAAACCUCCGAUUGCCAUUCAUCAAGGUUUCCGGAUUUCUGAUUGCUCAAUUUUUUCGUGAAAAAAGUUCACAUUUUUUUAGCGGGAUGGUCAAAUAAUUCAGUGAUGAAGGAUAAGAAUUAUGCUACAACAUCUCUACUGAAGCGGAUUUUGGUCAAUUGUUCAGCCCAGGCCAAACAAUAUGGUAGCUGUAUUUCGGCAAGGGUUCCAGAAGUUGAAAAAGAUAUGGGUUUAAAAGAAUUUAUUGUGUUGAAGAAUUGCAUGCAGAAUGCGCUCCGAGGGAAGAUUUGACUUAAUAUGACAUAUCAAGCAAGAGAUAAAGCCUUUCACUGUCUCAAUGUAUUUGCUCCGAUUUAUCUACUAGGGUUACAACCUCAAGUCUUAGCUGCAUAAUUAAGGGAGUGAACUUACAUAACAUGACUGGAGACGCAUCUUCUUCUGAUCUUUCAUACUCCAAUGGAUCUAAUGCACUGUCUCAUGUUUAUAUUCAAUACCCACCUCUAAGGUGCCAUGUUCCUGGAUCAAGGAAGUUGUUCUAUGAUGACGGAAAUAAACUGAUUUUGUCGCUGACCCCUAACCAGGUAUUUUCAUGGAAAAUUGCUACUUAUAAUCCUUAUGCUGCUCCCUCAUUUGAUCCAAUAAGCGAAGGGUCAGUUCUGUCUAUUCGAUAUUCAUUAGAUCUCAAGCAUUUGGCUAUUCAACGAUCAAGUCAUGAGAUCCAAUUUUGGAACAAAGAGACUGGAGAUACUUUUAGUCACAAGUGUAGGUCUGAGUCAGAAAGCAUUCUGGGGUUUUUUUGGACUGAUUGUCCGACCUGUGAUAUUGUUUUUGUGAAAACCAGUGGACUGGAGUUGUACACAUACGGUACUGAGUCUCGGAAUCUCCAGUUGGUUCAGACGAAGAAACUGAGCAUUAGCUGGUAUAAAUACACUCAUGAAAGCAGGUUGGUGCUGCUUGCAUCAGGAAUACAAUGCAAAAGUUUCACUGGUUUUCAGCUGUCAUCUGCGGGAAUGAUCAGCUUACCUAAGUUCGAGAUGGCGAUGGCCAAAUCUGAGGCAAAUAGUAACCCUAUUCUUGCUGCUGAAGAUGUCCAUAUUAUCACAGUGUAUGGCAGGAUUUAUUGCCUGCAGUUUGAUAGAGUUACUAUGCUACUGAACUCAUAUAGGUUCUAUAGAGAUGCUGUAGUACAACAGGGUUCUCUGCCAGUUUAUUCGGAAAGAAUUGCUGUGAGUGUGGUUGACAAUGUUUUACUAGUUCAUCAAGUGGAAGCGAGAGUUGUUAUUGUAUACGAUAUAUAUGCAGAUUCCCAAGCACCAAUUUCUGCCCCACUUCCACUAUUUUUGAGAGGAUAUUCUAAAGCUAAUGUUGCAUUUUCUCAAACUGCUAGCAAAACUUCUGGUGCUUCAGAGUCCAAAAAUUUGUGUGACACCGAAGAAACUACAUAUGGAGAUCAGUGGAAAUUUCUUGUACCUGAUCUUGUUCUUGAUGUUUCAAAUGGGUCUCUGUGGAAAAUCAGUUUGGAUUUGGAGGGAAUAUCAGCUAGUAGCUCAGAGGUUCAACUUAUUCUUGAGUUCUUACAAAGAAGGAAACUGGAAGCAGAGAAGGCUAAACAGUUGUCUCUGGCGAUUGUCCGUACUAUUAUUUUGGAAAGGAAGCCAAUACCUAUGGUUGCCAGGGCUAUGGAUGUCUUACUUGCAGCAUACUCACAAGCAAUCAAAACAGGCAGUUAUAACAAGAGAAGCAGAACAGAAGAAAUUUCAUCAUCCAAUGCUCCUAAUACAGCUGUUGGUGAGUCAAUCACUGGAAUAGAUGUGUCUAGAAUCAUCAACCGAAAACCUGAAAGUGUCCCUGGGAAUGAUUCUCAUAACAAAUCUGUUAUGGCAACUUCAGAGUCAGAUGGUCCAUCUAUUGAAAAAAAAGAAAGGGGGGACUUGUUGGAGCCUGGUUUAUUAGGUAGUGAAGAUCUUCCAACUAGACAGUAUCAAACUCUUGUACCUGCUAACAACCAGUUAAAUUCUAGUGCUUCACAAAGGAACCAAUCCAUAGUGACUUCCUCAGCUGCAACCUCGCCUGCAGAUUUUUACAGCCAUGUGUUUUCUCCUAUAGAGGAAGAGAUGACAGGAGAUGGAUCUUAUUUGACAGCGAUCACUAUUGAGUUUCUUCGAAGUUGUAGCUUGGAAAAAUUGAAGGUGUAUCCCAAUACCUAUGCUUUGUUGGUACAAAUCCUUGCUCGGGAUGAGCGUUAUGCUGAACUUGGAUUAUUUAUCAUGAACAAGAUUAUUGAGCCUUCCAAAGAAGUAGCAUUGCAACUGUUGGACUCUGGGCAUCAAAACCAACAAAUAAGGAAGCUGGGCCUGGAUAUCCUCAGACAGUUAUCGUUGCAUCAUGACUAUGUUUUACUCCUUGUACAAGAUGGUUAUUACCUUCAAGCUCUUCGCUAUGCACGGAAGAACAAGGUCAACACUGUCCGGUCCUCUUUGUUUCUGGAAGCAGCAUAUAUUUCUAAAGAUCCUCAACAUCUAGCUGCAGUUCUCAGGUUCUUUUCUGAUUUCAUUCCUGGCUUUAAGAGCAGUGCCGACCACAACACAUAUCAUCGCUUUGUUGCUGAGUUGAAUUCCUAAGUUGCCGGCCAGGGUUUUAUGGAAGACGUCGCCCAAAACUUGACCAACCAAUAGAAUAGAAGUUCUACACCUACUUUUAGCUUCUUGUUUGUGCAUCUCUGUUUUCCAUUGAUGAAAGCAUGUUGGGCAGUAAAGAAUCAUAGAUAAACAUGCAUCUUUCCCUGGCUAUAAUAUUUUGACUUGUAACUGAAUUAUGUUCCUAAAUUUUAAAUGAAAAUCUGAUCUUCCAUA